UAACUGGUAAAAGCUACAGCAACACAAAACGUUGUCCAUUUGAAGUCUAUUUAAAAUCAGAUGUUUAUUUUGGUUUAUAACUAGUACAGGAUUGAUUUGAUUGGUUUGGGCGGGCUCUUGAGCGCCCCCUAUCAGUCGGUGAUGAGCUGCGCAGAAGCCCUAGUUGCUUCACCUGGUGGACAGAGACCACUUCUGCUCCGCAGCUCCUCUUCAGCAUGGUGCAGAGACAAAACAUGGACGGAUCCUCAGCUGCACAACAAGUCUGAUUAGAGGAAGUGAUGAAGAGGUUGAUCUGCUGAAACAUGGUCCUGUCUCAUAAAACCUCCAGAGCCUCUGCUGCCCCAAAAAUCUCAGACCAGCAUCCCCUUCAGCUCCAGAGCCUGCCCUCCCCAGCACUGUGCUGUGCCUGUGGCCUCUGCAUCCUGCUGGCUGGCAUCAACAUCACCCUGGUGGGAGCUUUCGCUUUUGGCACCUUCAUCCCCACAAGCAACCCCCCAAUCAUCAUCGGACCUCUGCUCUUACUGGCAGCUUUGGCUUUCUUUACAGCCUGCUGUGUGGUCAGCAGACAACCAGCAGCCCAGCUGGCUAAGAAAGCCCAAGGGAAGGAAAAGUGGGGGCUGAAGAGGAUGGGGACAGCAACUUUUGAAAUGGAGACCAGCGAGCACACACUUCAGGACACAACUGCCGUCCAGCUCAGUCCCACCAACUCCCCAAGCUCCUAUCACAAGUCCAGCUUAAACCCAGAGGAUGUCGCUGUGCUUCCUUUCUGUGAGGACGAAGCCAAGCAGAUGGUGGGGGUGUGUGAUGUGGACAUGGCUGCAGAUAAAACAAGUCUGACCUCUGACUGCAAGGGCAACACUUCCACAAAGCUGCUGCACGAUCGAAACACCUCCUUUACGUAGCGGGGAUGUUUGAGUGAACACCCAUCUCCUCAAAUGACAAGGGUGCUUGGUUUAAAUAUUUAAAGGUGUGGAAUGCCAAUAAAACAAAUUUUAAAAUUUAUUUCUGAUUAUAAUCGAUCUUUCGGAGUGUUUCAUGCAGGCUGAACAAGAACAUAGUCUCCUACAACAAUCUCCUGAUAGCUUCUGAUUGGAAUUAGACGGUGAAACUCUAGAAUUAGAAAAGCCUGGCAGAUCUACACCAUAUUGUUGCUUAACAUUCAUGGACUCACCCAUCUUGGCUCAUGACGGGGUAGGCUGUUGUUGGUUUAGCAAAGAGCAGAGGACGUCUCAGCUAGUAGAAGCUAGCUGUUAGCGUUAGCAACUUCACCACACAGCAGAACUCCUUCAGGCUUGUGUUAUUUAUGGAGAUAGAACAUCAACAUUGCAGAGCAAAUGGAGUUAGUGGUAGAGUCUCAGCAAUCUGAGGCGAGAUGUCCAAAUAGAGUCCAAAUCCUGCCGUCUGAAGCUCAGCUGUGAUGUGGAUCACAUCUAGUUCCUGGAAAUGGUGCACUGGUGUUUUUACCCCUUCAGUACAACAUGCAAGGUAUUCAUUCCUACUAGAUACCACUGCAAAUGUAUUGAUUAAACAAGUUUCCCACACCUUUAAAUUUAUGACAAAAGCUCCACCAAAAAACAACAUGUUUAUGCUUCUGCCUUUUCUGACUUGUCUCCUUCCCGGUUCAGCUAUUGUUCCGAUCACCUCAAGGCCACACAGGCUGAAACAUGUGCAACAGUUACUUAUUGCAUCACUCCAGGAUUAUUGCUGUGUGUAUUUCUCUGUUCUAGGGUGGACCUCCCUUUUAUAGCAACAGUAAAAAGAGAUGAGAGGCCUGCAUGUUUGUGGAUUUCUUAUUGAUGUCCUGCAUCUGUGACCCGUAAGGUGGGCUGUAAUCAUUUGUGCUCUGUUGCCUGAGUCUCUCUGAGAAUAAAAUGGACUGAUAGCCUUUAC